AUUGUUGCAGAUACCAGGAAACAAACUUCAAGCCGCAUGAUGGAUCUCAGAAGCAUCUACCUCUUCCUCCUCUGGACCACCGCCACACUAAUGGCUGAAGAAGAAGAAGACUUCACCCAAAAGUGCAACAAGUGCUCGUGCAGAUGGGCCAAUGGCAAAAGAACAGCCAACUGUACGAACCUAAACUUCAAUUCAAUCCCCAACGACCUUAGCAGUCUCAUACGAGAAAUAGACUUUUCCUACAACCCUAUCUACCGAUUGGACAAAAAGAUCUUCGCGGACGCGAACUUGUCCAAUGUCCAUAAGCUGAAGUUGCAGAACUGCAGCAUAGAAUACGUUGACCAAAAAGCCUUCUAUCAGUUGGCUCUGCUCAUAGAGUUAGAUCUAGCUAGGAAUUAUAUUAAGAAACUGCACAAACACGUCUUUCGGGAGACAGUGAAGAUGAGGAUACUCAUAUUGAGUUACAAUCACAUCAAGAUUUUGGACGAUGAGCUGUUCAGGAACAUGUCUUAUUUGCAAAGGAUAUCGUUGGACCAUAAUCAAAUAGAGUCGAUAUCGCCGGAGACGUUCCAGAAUCUUCCAUCUCUGUCGCACAUUGACUUAGGAGACAAUAGGUUGCAGACCUUAGAUUUUGAUUUGAAGAAAACCCUGCCCAGACUGAAUAGCUUAAAUGUUGAAGGCAAUCCUUGGAUCUGCGACUGCCAUCUACAGGAAUUCCGACAAAGUGCCAUAAAGAAUAGCCUAAUCACAACGCGAACUGACUGUGAUAGUCCGCCAAAGCUGAAAGGCAGAGCUUGGCAGGACAACGUAGUGUUUGCAUGUGCUCCGCAAAUCAUUGAACCAGUUCCACUAACACAGAUAGAAGCAAAUUCAGCUAACGUCACAUUGACCUGCAAGGUGACUGGUGAUCCCACUCCUGAUGUUGAUUGGACAAACGGCGGGAUGAUUGUAGAAAGAGAUCCAAGAAAAAAUAGGCAGAAGUAUGUUAUUGCGAGGAAAACCACUAUAGAUGGUUAUACGUGGAAUAAUUUGACGAUAGUGAAUGUUAACUACAGGGACCGCGGCGACUACAAGUGCAUCGCCAAGAACCCAGGCGGCGAGGACGAGAGGAACAUCACGGUACUGAUACCAGCAGGUACCAGCGGCGGGAUAGUACCGGGUUCAGUGUCGAACAGCGUAUACUGGAUCGUGGGUCUGUCACUUGGGUUCCUAGUCGUACUGCUCGCACUCCUGUUGGUGGCAUUUUGUAUGUGCAAACGGCCGCCAAGGGGACAACCCGGGAAGAAUAGGGGACAGGAACACAACGAUAGUAGCGAAGAGUAUAUCAACAUGAGUGGAGGGCAUGCUGAUAUCAAAAAGGGCUUGAUAACGGACGUAAACCCUGUCACAAAACCACCAAGGACUUCAGUACCCCCGUCUGUGGUCAGUGGUGGCACCGAAGUUAGCGAUGUGAAAAGAAAUCUACUAGACAACGAUUCAGUGUUCGAAUGUGACGAUGAAUCCCGUUCGAUAGAUUUCGAACAACCGCUGCUGCGCAAGUCCCAACCUCUUUUGGACUCACCGAUUGGCCCUGGGGGACAGGCCCUUCAUUACCCGCCUGAUCUUCUGCCCUUUCCAGCUGCCGCUGCCAGAGCUGCACAGGUGUCCCCAGCUGCCAGCUGUGCGUCCACCGUAGCAGACACAGCUCGCCUGCCAUGUCCGCAAUCACCGUUACAUAGUCCAGUGUACGACCAACUUAGUCUGUACAGAUCAGAACAAUACAGAACACUGCCCUACUCCAGGUCCCAUUCGCCUUUCGUUGCACCUGGUCAGAUCGCCCAAGCUCAGCCCAGAGUUCCCAGGCAUGGUUAUGUGACAAUGCCGCGCCGCCCCCGCCAGCAAUCCUGGUCUUCUGAACCACCCCUACUGUCCGACCUCGGCGAGCCCUUGUACGACAAUCUGGGCAAGCGGACUACGGCUACAGGAGCCAUCAGCACCCAGUCUUUGGACAAGCUGGACAGCAAUGGGAAGGCCACGGCCACCAGCACUCCCAGAACCAAUAGGAUGUUGAGUCCGGUUACCACCCCCGGGGGAUGCGACCCCAUCCAGGAAUUGCAUGAACAUUCGCCGCCAACGAUGGCCAGCCAAACGUUACCCAGGAACCACGUUCUAAGCUCAUCAUCGAAGCCCCCAGUCUCCUCGCGAACCCAAUGGGCGCGAUCGAACGCCGAAGCGCUCCGCAGCCCUGAGAAGCGCAACUCGACCGCUUCCUUACCUCCAGCAUCGCUGGCAGCACCGAUCGCUGACGGCCAGCAACCGCCCACAACGACGAAGACGACCAAAGUUCCUCCAAGGCCACCGCCCAAACCCAAAAAGAGGCUAUCCACGUCUGGUACAAGCACCGGGCCGCUGUUUGAGGAUGAAGGAGAGGAUGGCACAGAGGUGUGAGACUGGCUUAGGUCAGUGCACGAGGCACUGAUCGUCGCGACAGCUGCGGCAGCCGGAACUUAGCCGGAACCGCAACCGGAACCGGAACUGGAGCAGCAAGUGAUCCGUAUGAGUUGACGUGAACGCGUGUGUUAAGAUAUUACUGUAGUUGUAAAUGAUGCACGGGAAGCCCUGUAGGCUGGUCGCAUGCGGUAUAAAUAUAGAGAGGGUUCGAUUUCGACCUGACAAGGGUUAAUGUUCUAUUUGAAAUUCAUUUUUAUUUCGGUUGUGUGUUGUAAGGCACUAUCCUCACCAAAAGCAACACGUUGGUAACUCGACUUCAACCCGAUUUCGUCUGGUUCUGUGGUUGUGAAAAAUGUCAUGAGGUACAGUUCUUUUCAAGAUUUUUCACGAUUACAAUAUCAUACGUAAGUGAACAGAUUCACUAACUGUACCUUGUGCUGAAAUUAACUUCUCAACGCAGCAUCUACUCACUGUUGCACACAAACAUGGAUUGAGUGACAAGAGGGCCGCUGUUUUCAUUCACCCGCUAAAAAUACUCCAAUAAAUUUAAAAGACUGUUGUGGUAUUUGUAUUCAUCAAACUCCCAAUACAGUAGGAAUAAUAAACCAUAACAAAUCAAGGAUCUGCGGAACACCUUGUCUGCAUACAUAUUUCGUGAGUCUGAUAAUCUGAAACAUAAUUCACUUACUUCUCACAUUUCUUUUAUCAACUUUACCUCUCCUGGAAAGUUUUCAACACCGCUGCUACAACUGAAUCGCUUCAAAGAACAUAAAAACGCGAUGGAGAAGUGCUUUUAACGCAUUAUCAAUGAUUUAUUGCGAAUACGUUCGCAACCUUAACUGCAGGGUUACAGUGACAUCCACAAGCCAAACUCGGGUUGGAAUCGAAUUGCUUUUGGCGACUAUUCCUUAACUUGACCACAAAAGCCAACAUUGACAAAACACCAUAACAACUGUCAUUUAAAAAACGAUUCUAACUGCCUUGUUUUCGCCAAAAAAACGAACUCUAAAAUCGACCAAAUUGGUGGGGCUUGGAUUUUAAAUCGUGAUGUGUACUAACUAAAAAUUCUAUUCAAUUUAACUGAAAUUGCGAGUACUGCUUCAAAAUUUGUAUACCCAAGGAAUAAAAAAGCUCGGACAAUGUAACUCGGAACAAGAAGAAUACGGGAAAGAUUUUACUAAGACUUUCAUGUAAGGUUGUGAGGAAAUCAAAGUUUAUUCGAAAAAUGAAUCCUCGAUGUUGGAUUUCAUCCAAUUGAAACACAUUUUAAUUCAAAACUCCAAGUCCAUCAAAUAAAUCUAUUGUUAUAAAAGUGUCUAGUUAGAAACUUGAAUAUUUCUUCUAUAUUUACAAAAAAAAAUGGCCCAUGUCAAGUUCGGAAAACAAUCUUCUCAUUUCCUUACCACCAAUUUAACUUGUGGAAAACAAUUUUAUCUUGAUUUCAAUAUCGAUAACAUUUUGUUCCAUUUCAAAUUUUGAAGAGCUAAAUUUGGAUUUAGUAAAAAAUAAGUCUAUCCGUUAAACUGAUAAUUGUCAGAUAUUAAACCAUAAUAAUUGGCUAAUGGUGGAGAUUCUUAUAAUUUUCCAGUGAGAUCGGACACUUGACUUUUGUAUUGCCUUUAUCUUCCUUACGGAAUCACUGAUGUUAAUUCAGUCGAAGACUUGUAGAUAUGUUAACGUUUAUCUAUGUCCAGAUUGAAAGCAUGGAUGAAAACAAAUUGUGCUGAAUCAACUGAAAGUUGAAAUCCCAUCAAAAAAUAUUGAACAGAAGUUACAAAACAGCAAACAAAACAUCAAGCAUUGCCUCUAAAUUUUAUUCUAGCCAAAAAUUGACCAUUUAAUACGUGCUUGAUAUUCUGUCAGAUUCUGUUUUCCUGGCCAAUGAAUCCAGCAGAUUUCUAAAAAAUACUAUUUAUAUUACGUCCCAAAAAAUUAAUCAAAUAGAACUCUAUAUAUGUCUUGUGAAACACACUUACGUACGCAAGUCUCAAGAAUCCACUAACACAUGGAACUUGAUCAUGGUGGUCCAAAUUUAUAUGGAAACGUAAUGUAUCAAAAAUCUUUGGGGCGACAACUGAUCUCUUUAUAUUCUAUGAGUACACGGAGUGAUUUUUAAGUAUACAUAGUUACGUUUUAAAUGAAACACUAAUAAACCUUUGGUGAUUUAUUAUAUAUUUAUGUAAAAUAUGUUUCCAGUUGUAGAUAAUACGAAUGAACGCUUGAAUCCUUGAAUGUAAAGGUCAGUCUGUUUAAAUGCAUUCGGCAUGUCAAAAUCUAAUGAAAAAUGUAAAGACUAUUCACCACGAUAUUUCAGCACAGCCAUACAUAUUAGUCUUGAUAUUCAGUAGAGAAAAGAUUCACUUCCUCUAAUCAUUGAUGAAUGAUUUGAAAUGUAGUCAACAGUUAUCUCGCCUGGUUCUUUUUUAUUGUACACCGAAAUUUCCGAAUAACUUUCGGCGAAGCAAUUCCCAAAAAAGCGUUAACAUUACUAGAAAUUACGAAGCAGCCAUUUGAAUGAUUUCGACCAUCCCAAAUUCUCCCCAUGAAGGUGAUUUUUCAACAUCGGGAAGAGAAGAAAGUCACAAGGACUCAAGUCGGGCGAUUAAGGAGGCUGAGGAGCCACAUGAAUGUUUUUACUGGCCAAAAACUCGGUUAUUGACAUUGCUGCAGUAGUAUUAUCGUGAUAUAACACCCUGUUGUUCUUGACCUGAUGUACGGUGGUGAUAGUCAAAUUUAACACUUCACCAAUCAUUCUGACCGUCAACCGGAUUCCGUCGAUAUUUUCAUCGGUUCGUGGUUCAUUUUCGAUCGACUCUCUUCCUUCUGAAAAUGCCUUAAACCAACGAAAAAGCUGGGCUCUCAACAAGACACUAUCUGCAUAGGUCUCUUUAACAGUAAUUUCCAUUGCACUGUGCAAAUACUGAUAGCACACCGUUGCUUGAAAUUGAUGCUCAACAUCGCUGCGGGCAACCAAAUGACUCGGGCGAGUUCAAACUUGUACUGAAGGUGGAUCACAUGUUCCCCUCCAACCCCGGCGCCUACAGUGUUGCCAGAUCGAACGCUACGUUGCCAGUCUCAUCACUUAGUUUACAGACCUCGUAUUUUGAAUCUUACUUACCUAUUAUCCGUUAUUUGAUGUCACGUUUUGAGGUAUUGUACUAUCGUGAAAUUGGUAUUCAGACAGAUUCUAAUUCACUGAAGAUGUGUGAGCCUAAAUAAUUUUUUGGUAGCUAAUAGAUUUCUAAAUGCGAACGACUUUAGAAAGACUGACUUGGGGAACUUUUAAAUUGGUUAUAGGCUUAGUAAUUUAUUAAAAAUAAUAUAGAACAAUGAAUGUAACGGUGGCAUGGAGAUUUUAAAAGAGUGUUUUCAAGCAGGGUUCCUAAAUAAUUUUCGAGUGAAACAAGCAUCUUCAUAGCCACCACCAGUGCCUUAAUAUGAAAUUGUAAUGGAUAAAAUACGAUGUAAUUAUAUUGAAUAUAGGCCGAACAUCAGGAGUUUCAAUUACUGCAAUAAUACCAAGUUAAAGGACUCUUCAUACCUAGAUCCACGUCUAUGUAUGUCCAAACCCAAUCAAAAUGCGAGAAGAUCCAUCGCUGACUAAGCUCAAUUUUCAUUGUUUAGUUUAAAUGGGAUUCUUAUCGGAAUUCUGAAUGCUUACCGGAACAUAUUUCAAUAAACCUCAAAGACUUCUGAAGCUCGGCCUACUAUUAAAUGGACUCUUGUGUAUAAACUAAAACCAGAAAAAUAACGAAUCGCUUUUCAUCCCCUUGAUGUAUGCAUGUUUUACCGUUCUCGGGCUUCCACUCCGACUGAUGCUAUAGGCGAAUAAGCGCAAAUAGGUAGACGAUUACAUAAUUUAUUUUAUGUUUCUAAGCAGCCCAGUAAUCAUACAACCGUAUCAUUGAAUAGACUCAGAAGUUACCCUCAAAAGCAUAAGUAUAGCAUUAUAUCAUAGUCAAUGAAAAUGGCAACACUGUAGUGGAUGUUGAACGUCUAGCGUGAGAUAUGAGGGACAGUGUUGCCAUAUGCAUUCUCUAUGCCACUGACUGAGUAGCUUUAAUGGUAAAGCCCAGCACAUUUAAGUACCUCAUAAGCUCUUAUUUUAGAGCACACCAUAAACAUUAUUAUUUACAUCAAACAGAAAGGUCCAUUAAAUAUACGGUUAAGUGGAGAACCAUUUUAAAAAAAGGCAUCCUCUGUAUAUUUCCACAUAUAGUCCUGACGCCAGCCAAUCCAAUAUGAGAUACCAAUGCCUAUAAAUGACCUAAAUCAUUUCUUUUAAGUAAUAUUGAAAUUAUCUGUUAUCCUAGCACACUAAAAUACCAAUAUGUGUUUUACUGGUUCUGCUACGAAGUGUAUUAAAAUUACUGGGCUGAGUGUAGUUACAAAAUAACAAAAGUAAAAUCUGAUGUAACGUUGACCACAAUAAACAGAUUGUCCAGUUAUGUGUUAAACUUCAAAAUGUAAAGGAUGUUAUGAAUUGUUGUUAAGACACAUCUUGACAGAAUUUGUUAAUAUUUUUUAUUGAGUAUAAAGCUCGAUCCUCUACAAGUGCUUUCGGUAAUAUGCUUACAUAAAAUGCAAGGACAUCUUACUUAUAUGUAUUCUGUAUAUAUCCGUCAAAGAAAUAAACUAUAUGACAAUUGUAGAUACUAAACGAAAUUCUCAAAUCAUUCAUACCAUUAUCCAAUUAAGUGCUGUUAAUUUUAAGUUUAUAAUAUUUGUCAUACCUUCUAUUGAGAUAUCUUAUUGACCAAACUUUAAAACCUUAUAGAAUAUAUUUAAUAUGUUUUAAAGUGUUGACAAAGAAUACAGAUUUUAUUUUUGUUAUAAUUAAUUCUGUAAUAAAAGGGUAUGUUGCUUAUAUUUUUAUUUUUAUAUGUAAUUUUAGAUAUAUAGUUUUGAGUUGCUCAACUCAUCAUUUUGUGAUGUA